AAUACUUACACGUUUAUAUACACAUAUACUUGUAGGUGUAUAUAUACGUGCAAAUCAUGAGAUUCUCUUUGUGAUGUCUUGGUCUAUAUAAAUUCCAUUUUUUUCCUUUAGUUUUUUCGUUUUUUUUCUACCACACUCUUCAAUCAAAUCAUAUAUAUCCAAAUUUUUCCCUUACUUUCUUGGCAAAAACUUUACGAUCUUUCAAUGUCAGAAGAAUUUCAAGAAUCCGAGGUUAUUUUUUCCGAUGAGUCUUUCACAAGGAAACAUAACAAGAGUCACAACAACGAAAACUACGAAAGAAAGUCGACGGAGAAGGAUAAAUAUUCAUCUCCGGUGAGAAUUCCGUCAAGAACUAUUUUCCGGUGUACGGAAGAUGUGGAGGAGGAGGGAGAAAUGACACCACCACAUGUCAUAAUCGAGAAACGAAGAAAGGAGGCGCAAAUGGCGUUUUCUUUUUGUACCCUUAAAGGAAGAGACUUGAGUCGACACCGUAACACCGUUCUUAGGAUGACCGGUUUUUUGGAAGUUUAGUUGAUCCCAAAACAAAAUGAGAACCGGUCAAGUUUAAUUUGAUCUAUUUUGGUUCGGUUUACGUCGUCUUUCUUCAUUUGGAUGUAAGAUUUAGCUUUGAAACGAACCAAGUAAUGUAUCAUGUUUUACACGUAUAACAUGGCUUUGAAACGAACCAAUGUAUCAUGGUUCUUAUUAUUUGGUGAAGAAAAAGUUUAAUAUUGGGGAACUUUUCCCAUAUUUUAUCAGGUAAGUAAGAUGUUGAAUUUCCGGUUAA